UCCGGAGAGGGCCGAGGAUGCGGAGGCGCAAACAUGGCGGAGGCUGGUCCUGUUGCGAGUGAGCUGAACGAGGGGCUGGCGCCCGCGGCCGAAGCACUGGUAGCGGCCCGGGAGCGGAGCAGACGCUUCUUAAGCGGCCUAGAGCUGGUGAAGCAGGGCGCCGAGGCGCGCGUGUUCCGCGGCCGCUUCCAGGGCCGCGCGGCCGUGGUGAAGUACCGCUUCCCCAAGGGCUACCGACACCCGGCGCUGGAGGCGCGGCUCGGCCGGCGACGGACGGUGCAGGAGGCCCGGGCGCUGCUCCGCUGUCGCCGCGCAGGAAUAUGUGCCCCGGUUGUCUUUUUUGUGGACCAUGCUUCCAACUGCUUAUUCAUGGAAGAAAUCGAAGGCUCAGUGACUGUUCGAGAUUAUAUCGAAUCCACUAUGGAGAUUGAAAAAUCUCCCCAAAGUCUCUUUGGCUUAGCCAAGGCAAUCGGACAGGUUUUGGCUCGAAUGCACGAUGAAGACCUCAUUCAUGGUGAUCUCACCACGUCCAACAUGCUCCUGAAACCUCCCCUGGAACAGCUGAACAUCGUGCUCAUAGACUUUGGGCUGAGUUUCAUUUCAGCACUUCCGGAAGAUAAGGGAGUUGACCUGUACGUGCUAGAGAAAGCCUUCCUUAGUACCCAUCCCAACACCGAAACUGUGUUUGAAGCCUUUCUGAAGAGCUACUCCGCUGCCUCCAAAAAGGCCAGGCCAGUGCUUAAAAAAUUAGAUGAGGUGCGCCUGAGAGGGAGAAAGAGGUCCAUGGUGGGGUAGAAGAAUUCUGUGACGACCACAGACGGUUAAGCUGUUCACAGUAACUUUGAAGGAAUGCUAUGAAUAUGAGAUUCGACCUAAAUAAAGGUGGUGGGAUAUUUUUAGGUGCCGUCUGUGAUCGUGCUUCUUAGGCAUCAUCAUCUGCAGUUGACUGUUCUCAAGCGCUUACUCUGUACAUAAGACAUGUCUGGCAGAACUGGGCAUUCAGAAUAAACCUCAGGCUUUCUCUGCAAUUGUGCCGUGUACACCUCAGAUCAAGGGCAUGGCAUUACAAAACAUUGAACCACAUACUGAGAACCUUAUUCUGUUUUCAGUCCUGGUGAGGCAAGGACAGAGUCUCAGUUGGUGACAGUAUGUCUUUAUCAGCCCUCUAACCCAGCCUUUCUUGUUGUGUUCAUGGCAGACUCCUCUUUGAAACCAGUACAAUGGGUUACAACCAGCAUUUUAAGAAAGAAAUGGAAUCAGAGAUUAGAAAAUAUCAGAGCACAUUACAUGUAGUAUUGUAAGUAUUGUUUUAUGAAACUUGUUUGAAAUGUGUAUAUAGACAAUGGUAUGUACUAGGUUUUGAUGUAAAAUACAGUUCUUUUUGAGGGUCAUGGUAAAAAAAAA